ACAGACUGCACCCACUCCAACUCCUCGGGUUCAUUCAAGUGCGACGGGUGGUAUGCAGCAGACGGGCAGCUCAAAGCUGGCCCGUACGACCCACCCAAUGACUGGUAUCCGGACGACUGCUCCCUGGGGUCGUACAACUGCCACAACAACCUGCGUGCGUCGCUGCGCAUGCAAGUGGAGCUCAUUACAUGGGGCUACAUCCGGUAUCUCUUCACAGUGAGCGCAGAGCACAAAUUCGACGGGCUGCUCUUCUUCCUGGACUCCUCGCCAGAGCCCAUGAUGGGGCUCGAAUCCAACCAGUUCGACCCGAUGGAGGUGCAAAUAAUGCUGGAGCCGGGCAUUCACACACUGGAGUGGGUUUACUAUAAGGAUUCCAAGUUCACCAAGGGGAGGGACUCUGCUGCCCUGCACCUGGUAGAGGUGGGAGGGAUUGACUACACGGACCGCCAGUGCUUCCCGUGCCAGGCAGGCUUCUACAGUGAGGAGGGCUCGACUGAGUGUGCGGCAUGCCCUGUGGACCACUACUCACAGGAGGGCUGGCCGGAGUGCAAGCCAUGCAGUGCUGAGGAGUAUGCACAGUCGCCCCCUCGAGCCAACUGCACUGCCAGGCCCUCAUGCAACGUGACAACGGAUGCCGCCCCUACCUAUGGCAACUGUAGCGCAGUGGACAACCAGAGAAUCAAGACCUGGGCAUGGCUCACUCCCCACAUCUGUGCGCCCCUCUCAGAGGACGAGGACCUUCCUGCCGACACCCACGAGCCGUGCCCGCCAUGCCCCUCGGGUCAAUACGCUGUGGAGGACAGCACCACUCGCACCAGGCUCUGCCACUUCUGCCCACCGGGCCUGGCUCGCAAUGCCACUAGCUCCCCAACGGAUAAAGCCUGCCGCAAGUGUCCCCCAGGGGAAGUAGCAGUGAAGGCCCUCACCAUGGACCACUUUGAGCUGCACCGGGGGAAGCUUCCUGACGGCUUCGUGACCGGGUGCAGCGGGGACUGCGGUUCACUGGGGUGGAGAGUGGUGAACGGGAAGCUGGACUCUGGCAGUAACCAUGGCAAGAGUGCCUCUGUGUGGCUGUCCUACGAUGUCAGCAUGGCAGUGGACGGGCACAUCACAUUCGCCUAUGACGUGGACAUUCCUCGGGGGGACCUGCAGAGAGGAUUGUUCUUCUACGUGGAUGACCAGCUGGUGCUGAACAUUGAGGACGAGCAGGGUGCCGGCUCGGCGCCGGCCGGCCCGACAACCAGCGACACGUGGCCGCUGCCAGCUGGCAACCACAGUCUGAUGUGGAUCUGGGUCACGCUCAACGCUGACAAGGCGAUCGCCAGGCGGGACUCCGCAGAGAUCCUGGACAUAACCGUGUGGGGCAGCACUGUGGGGGGCGCGCCUGCCUGUGUGCCCAUUCCCCCUGGCACAGCUCCGGAUGCCGCCACCCUCACCUGGAAGGCCUGUCCUCCUGGUAGCACUGUGGGGGGUGCGCCUGCCUGUGUGCCCAUUCCGCCUGGCACUGCCCCUGACCCACCACCCUCACCUGGAAGGCCUGUCCCUGUGGGAACCCACUCCUCUUGCCUCCCCGGUCCCGGCACCUCGGCACCCACUCCUCGUGCCUCCCCUGUGGCCCCAGCACCACGUCCCUCCCAGGCAGCACAGCUUGUAUCCAUGGCACCCACUCCUCCUGCCUCCUCUGUGGCCCCGGCACCUCGUCCCUCCCAGGCAGCACAGCUUGGCACCCACUCCUCCUGCCUCCUCUGUGGCCCCGGCACCUCGGCACCCACUCCUCCUGCCUCCUCUGUGGCCCCGGCACCUCGUCCCUCCCAGGCAGCACAGCUUGUAUCCAUGGCACCCACUCCUCCUGCCUCCUCUGUGGCCCCGGCACCUCGUCCCUCCCAGGCAGCACAGCUUGCACUGUUGGUGACGUCACUGUUCCCUCCUCCUUCUGCACCUUUCUAA